UAUUUCUCUCUCUCUCUCUCUCUCUCUCUCUCUUCAUCUCUCUCUCUCUCACACACACCCCCUCUCUCUACCAUUUGAUUAUAAAUUUCCAAUCUUUUUCGACAUCCCCCAUUUUUUACAUACAGGAAGAUAAGUUCACAUCAAGAUUUCUUUAAUCUUUAUCAACACCAAUACUAUUCAUAAAUCGAAAUCGAAACUGAAUUUGAAAUCAAAAUCAAAAUCAAAAUCAAAGAGGGCUGUAUCGAGGAGGAUGAACGUGCCCUCAGUUCUUAUUACUCCUCCUCUCAGAUCUUAACUCUUUCUUUUCAAGAUUUACCAUCUGGAAAAUGCAAUCGGAUCUCGGAAAGUUAUUCGUUGGUGGGAUAGCGUGGGAUACAAAUGAAGAACGUUUACAGGAGUAUUUUAGCAGUUAUGGUGAGGUUUUGGAAGCUGUGAUCAUGAAGGAUCACACCACAGGGCGUGCCCGUGGUUUCGGUUUUGUGGUCUUUGCAGAUCCUGCUGUCGCCGAGAGGGUUAUCAAGGAGAAGCACCAUAUCGAUGGGCGGAUGGUUGAGGCAAAGAAGGCUGUUCCUCGAGAAGAUCAGAGUACGAUUAGUAGGAACAGUGGUAGCGUUCAGAGUUCUCCUGGCCCGAAUCGAACGAGAAAGAUAUUCGUAGGAGGUUUAGCAUCGACAGUCACUGAAAGUGAUUUCAGAAGGUACUUUGAACAAUUUGGUACGAUUACGGAUGUUGUGGUUAUGUAUGAUCAUAACACACAGAGACCAAGAGGUUUUGGAUUCAUAACUUAUGACUCAGAAGAAGCGGUGGACCAAGUACUGCUAAAAACGUUCCAUGAGCUAAACGGUAAAAUGGUUGAAGUGAAACGUGCGGUACCAAAGGAGCUUUCGCCAAGCCCUAGCCGGGCCAUGCUUGGUGCUUAUCCUUACGGUUUGGGUAGAGCGAGUGGCAUUCUUAAUGGCUACACUCAGGGACCGUAUUCUCCUGGUGCGGUUGGUGGUUAUGGUGUUAGGAUGGCUGGUAGAGGUGGGUUCAGCCCGUUUGGUUCCGGGUAUGGAAUGGGAUUGAACUUUGAACCGGGAUUGACAAGCCCGAACUUUAAUAGGAGUUUGAGCUACGGAAGGGGAAUGAGCCCGAAUCCUUAUUUUGUCGGGAAUACGAAUCGGUUUCCUGGUCCUAUCGGUUUUGACGGUGGAAAUGGUGGUGGGAAUGGAGGGAAUGCUUCUUUAUUCAGUUCUAAUACCCGAAACUUGUGGGGUAAUACCGGGUUUAACUAUGGGUCAAAUUCGACUGGGUCGAGUGCUAUCGGUGGGGGUAUAUUCGGGAAUGCGGGUCUCAAUUGGGGUUCUAAUCCGAUUACAAAUCAAGGAGGUGGGAAUGCGAAUGCGAAUGCUUCUUCUCAAAGUGGGAACGUUGGUUAUGGAGGUGAGAACGGGUAUGGGUUAGGAGUUGGUGGGUAUGGUAGAAAUGUUACUACUAGUGAGGUGCAGACAUCAUCGUAUGCCGCCGCUAAUGGUGGGUUCGAAGGACCUUUUUCCGACUUUUAUGUUGGUGGAAGUGGUGGUGGCAGUGGCGGUGGCGGUGGUGUUAGCAACCCUCUAUAUGGUGGUGACCCAACUUGGCGGGCGGGAAAUAGUGACCAAGAGGGGUCCGGUUCGUUUGGCGGAUAUGGGAUCGGUGGUGGUUCGGAUGUCCAUAAUAGAAGUCCUCCUGGUUAUGUUGAUGGUUAUAAUGUAUCUAAACGACAAACAACCAGAGGAAUUCUUGAAUAGUUUGGAACUGAAAUUGCUAUAAUAGAUGAAUGGUGGUGUAUCAGGUGAACAAUCUUUAAAAAAGUAAAAGAGUGCUUUCCUAGAGAUGAUUAGGAUUAUAAGUGAGUUGUUGUUUUUUUUUUUUGUGUCUUUUAAGGAUUGAUAGUUUGAUUUUGACUUAGAUUUUUGGUCUUUUGGAGUGAGAUGUAACAUCAGUCUGCGGCUUAUAGUCAAAAUAUGUAUCAUCUUGCAUCUCUGGUGAUGCAUACAAAAUGAUAGAUGAUGAUUUUCGCUUUCGGUUGAGGUUUUCUUUAUCUGUUUGUUACCUUUUAGAUGGCAAAAACUUGUAGUUGAUGGUCUCCUGGUUUCGUGUUUUGGAUUUUGUUUUCGUGUUUUGUUUGGCAUUGUUAUGAGGAUUGCAUCAAUAUUC